CGGUGGACAUGUCCUGCUCUGACAGGGCCUGUUUCACAUGCAACUCCAGGAAAAUGGACGUCUUUUAUCUCACAUUAACUAUAUCAUUUGGAAUUUGUCUUAUGAGUCAUGGAUCAUCAGCAUGUGUCAUUGGUUGUUCUUGCACCAAUGACUCCUUGGGAAGAUCUUUAGUGUGUAUGGAAGCUCCCAUGAGACACAUUCCAGAAGAUAUUCCAGAUGAUUUUACAAAAAUUCGUAUUGAAAACUGCCACCUGACCGAGUUACCUCGUGGGUCUUUCUCUAAAGUUUGUGCUUUGGAGUUCCUUUGGCUGAAUUUUAAUGAAAUCACUGUGAUGAGCAUUAAAAGCCUUGAGGGGCUGACAAACCUGACUGAGCUGAGACUACAAGGAAACAAGCUAACCUCAAUACCAUGGACUGUGUUUCAGGACACACCAACGCUCAAGAUUUUGGACUUGAAGCACAACCGACUGGACGUCCUGCCAGAACACGCUCUGAAAUACUUACCUGGACUAACCUAUUUCGAUUUAUCCUUCAAUCAGAUUAGUGUCAUAUCAAAAGAUGUCUUCAUUAACUGGCCCCUUUACCAAGCAGCAAUGAAAACAUGGGUGAAAGAAGGGCUGGUCUCCAAUGUGGUUCUGGCACUGCAUGAAAAUCCAUGGUUGUGCGACUGCCGCCUCAAAGGCUUUGUUGAAUUCAUCAGGGAGGUCAGUCCUCCCAUCAUUUUGAUGAACUCCUAUUUGAUGUGCUCGGGACCUGCUGCCAAAGCUGGGAAGUAUUUCCAUGAGACCUUCUUGAAAUCAUGCAUGAGUCCGGUGGCCUCUGCACCAGAAACCAACAUCACUUUACCCCUUGGAGCAAACAUAACGCUUGCAUGCUUAGUCAAGGCGAGGCCUAGUCCGACCAUUCAGUGGAUGUACAGUCUAAAGAUUAUAAGAGCAUUUUCAGUUACUGAGACUGAUGUAGAUGAGGAGACCAUCAGAUCUCAGCUGGUGAUCCCAUCUCUCCAUCUGGCAGACAGAGGAAUCUACACUUGCAUGGCCAAUAACUUUAUUGGCAACUCCUCCGUCAGUAUCGUGGUUAAUAUCAUCUCCGCUGAUUCCUCUGUACUUCUUCCUCCACAUUCCCCUAUGAUGUCAUCUGAUGAGAAUGCCUACAUCGACAUCCGCAUCGCCAAGCAGACAGUUUAUGGCAUCACACUAGAGUGGUACGCGGUCACGGACAACCCCGCCGAAACCUGGUUCACCAUCCACUUUGGGAAAUAUGAUUCACUCAAAAAGGAGAUAAUUUACAUCGGACCUGGUAUCAACAGCUACUCAGUCAGCAACUUGCUGCCCGUCACUAAAUACGAGGUGUGUGUGAGUCUGAAAAACCAUCCGCCUCAUGAAGGCCAGUGCGUUGUGUUUGUGACAGGAAGUGACAUCAGUGAGUUAGAGCAGAGGGAGCGUCUGAUCCAUAUCAUUGUUAUUGUGUGCGCUAUGGUGCUGGCCAUGCCCGCCGGUAUGUACGCCUGCACCACGGAGGCCAGGUUCAGCUGCGUGGAGCGCUGCAUGGAUCUGUGGAGGAAGCGCAGGCUGCAGGGAGACAAUCUGCAGGGAGUGGACAGGCAAGGCACUUUUGACAGCAUGCAGGCUGCUAGUGAUGAAGGUCUCUGCAAGGACUCAGAGGAGAAGUUCAAAAAGAGGAGGAAGUCUGAAGAUCGGUGCAAAGGAGGAAGUGCAGCUUAUUUAUACUAGGAUGUAAAUCAGGAAUUAUACCUAUAAUGCCGGAUUACAAUUGCAAUACUAUUAUGGCAAAACCAGAGUCUGUAUGUUCACUGGACAAACCCUCU